UUAUUCUAAUUGAUAGUUAUUGUAAAUCGAUAUUUAAAGUAUUCGUAUUCUUUUUCUACAUUUAUCAAAAUGGCUGAAGACGAAAAAUUCUCUUGCUCUACCGUCGAAACCGUCACGGGCAACCCAAUUUACAGCGUGACUGUAAUUAAAAGGGAACCUGAUGAAACUGAAAAUGAUAAUUAUUCUAAAUCUGAAGUAGAAUAUGAAGAAAAUCAAGAUUUGGCAUUUAUAAUGGACUAUGAUGUGGAUGUUUUUGCUAGUGGAAAUAUUAACUGCCCGGCCGUAGUUAAAACAGAAGCCGAAGAAGUCAAUAAGGAUUAUUAUUUCAAAUAUGAUAUAGAAAUCGAAGAAAAUGAAGGUUCACAUGUGAACUCAAUUUAUACUAGCGAUACAAUCAGUAAAGUUAGAUACGACCGAAGUUGUACUGAAGAAGAGCCAUUCAUAUCCACACAGGAAGAGCUGAUAAUGUAUAAAGAGAAGCUAACUCAACCAACCUUAUGCUUAAGCACAUUCACACAAUCUAAAAAACAUGAACAGCCUUUUCAGUGUUUAGUGUGUUUGAAGGAAUUUUCAACAUCUAGUGUUCUCACAAAGCACAAAAGGACUCACUCGGGGAGAAACCUUUCCAAUGCGAGUUAUGCAUGA